AUGAUGAUAAUAAGGCAUCAUCCAAAAACCUCACACCCUGCACUCUCCCUCACUUUUCUCCUGUUCCUGAUACUACAGACCCUUCUCCAUGCCUCAAUUGCCAGCGCAACCGAUGACAAGAAAGAUGCCCCCACAAUUACCUCUCACAAAUUCGAGGUACAGCCGGCCGAAGCCCCCUUCUACUUCACUGAUUCCGACGUCAUAUUAAUCCUCACAAUGGGUGGCACCGUUCUUCGCUCCGCUGAUGCUGGCGCUUCGUUCGCUCCAGCCCCAGGCAUCCCAGAAAACUCCGCCUACGAGCUUUACCUACAUCCUUAUGAGGAUUCUACAGCCUAUGUUUGGGCACAACAUGGCUCCGAGCACUACGUGACGAGCGACCGGGGAGAGACUUGGCGUUCUUUCGAAAUACGGGGGGCGCCCCGAAGGUCAGGGAGGCCGCCGUUCUCUUUUCAUGCUGGCGAUUCGAAUAAAGUGAUCAUCAACAUCUGCACGAGUAUAUUUUUAUGUGAUGAAGUCGCGCUUUACACGCUCGAUGGGUUUGAGACCGAGGCUAGGAGCUUGAGAGAGCAAACUCGUGGGUGCACGUGGGCCAGAAGUACACCUGAGUGGGGAAGCAAUUUCAUAGCGGAUCCCGAAGACGACCAAGAUAAAGGGACCGACAAUGACGACAGGAUCGUUUGCGUAGUACAGGGACGUUUCAUCAGUUUUCCAUUCAGCUCAAGGGACAAUCGCUUGGUUGUGAGUGAUGACUUCUUCGAGAACGAGGAGGAGCCCAUACUGCAAGCUGGGAGAACAGUUCAAGGCAUUGUGAAUAUGGCGCCAGUAAAAGGGUUCCUGGUUGCGGCGGCCAGCGCAAAAAAGACGGACGAGCUGGCGCUUUAUGUGACGGACGACGCAAAACAAUGGCAUCGCGCAAUUUUCCCAAAAGACCACCGGCUAGAAGAGGACGCGUAUACGAUUCUCGAGAGCACGAAUUACUCAAUUCAAGUUGAUGUAAUGACUACACCGAGCCCAUUGAAUGCGAUGGGAGUCAUGUUUACAAGUAAUUCUAAUGGGACGUAUUUUACACAAAACAUCGAGCAUACGAAUCGGAACUUCAAGGGCUCUGUGGAUUUUGAAAAAGUGGCAGGCAUUCAGGGGGUCGUCUUGGUCAAUGUUGUGGAUAAUUGGGAGGACAUUGUAGAUAGCCCGUUGAGCGAGAAGAAGGUCAAAAGCAAGAUCAGUUUCGAUGACGGACGAACAUUUGAGAAGAUUACCGCAGACGGAGAUGACAUACAUCUGCACUCCGUCACCGAUAUCUCAAAUAUGGGAAGAGUAUUCUCAAGCCCAGCACCUGGCAUAGUGAUGGGAAUCGGCAACACAGGAAAAUUCCUAAAGCAAUAUGAGGACGGAGAUCUUUACGUUUCUGACAAUGCUGGUCUCACAUGGUCGAGAGGGCUGAAGAACGCACAUAAGUACGAGUUUGGUGACAGAGGAGCUGUGCUAGUUGCUAUCUACGAUGAAGGGCCUACGAAUGAGAUUCAAUACUCGAUUGACCACGGCAGGAGCUGGAAGAAAACAGAUCUCGAUGUAAGUGAAAAGGUCACAGCCAAAGUUCUGACUACGACACCUGAUUCAACAAGCCUGAAGUUCUUCCUUCUCGCCGCAGUUGGCGAAGGGCCUGACUCGGAAUACUACUCGUUCUCGAUCGAUUUCUCUGAUUAUCACAAGGGUGGCAAAUGCGGCGAGGGUGAUUUCGAAUUAUGGGAUGCGCGUGUUGACGAUAAAGGGAAGCCCAUUUGUAUAAUGGGAAGUCAGCAACUGUACAGAAGGCGCAAGCCCGAUGCAGAAUGCUUUGUGGACAAAGAAUUCGAAGAUCCUCAGCCUGAAUUCAAGCCAUGCGCUUGCACGGAGGAAGAUUUCGAGUGCGAUUACAACUUUUUGCGCAGCGAAGAUGGGACAAAAUGCGUACCUUCGACGGCCUUGACUGCGCCGGACGACCAGUGCAAAGAUGGAGACAAGACAUUCAAGGGGUCAUCUGGCUUUCGACUGAUUCCAGGCAAUAGAUGCGAUCCCAAAGGCAAAGAUGCGGUCGAUAUGGAAAAGGAAGAAGAAAGAGAUUGUGGAGAGACCAUCAGGCCACCAGCCAGCGGCGAUAUCAUUUCAAAGAUCCAUACUUUCGAGUCAUCUGGCGGUAUCGCAGAGUACCAUUAUCUUGAAAGGACUGAUGCAAGUAAUGAUGACGAUGAGACAGUGGUCGCCCUCACCACGGAUGGAGAUGUCUGGAUCACGAGAGACGCCGGCAAAUCUUGGAAGCAGAUAUUUAAAGAAGAUAAAAUUGCAGUCAUCUAUCCGCAUACUUACAGAAAUGAUGUGGCUUUCUUCUUGACAGAGGGUAAGAAAGUCCAUUAUACUUACAACAGGGGCGCAAACUUUGGUCAAUUCAAAGCUCCGGAGGUCCCGACUAGAGAUCAAGCCAAACUUCCAGUCCUGAGCUUCCACCCAAGAUACAAAGACUGGCUCAUCUGGACCGGACAAAAAGACUGUGAGGGCAAAGGCGGCCAGUGCCAUAACGUGGCCUACUUCAGCAAAGACAGAGGUGGUGCAUGGGACCAUCAGCUUCGAUAUGUGAAGAAGUGUCAAUUCAUUGACUCAGAAGGCCGCGAACACGAUGAGGACUUGAUAUACUGCGAGCAAUUCAAGGAAGAAAGGCUAGACCAACCGAAACAGCUGAAGUGGAGCAACAAUUGGUUUGCCGAUGAUCAUCAGAUAUUUGGUGACAUUAUCGAUUUCGCCACCAUGUCUGAAUUCAUCGUCGUUGCCGCACGAAAGGAAGACAAUCGCGAUGCAUUAUCGUGCCACACAAGCGUUGAUGGCAAGACCUUUGCGCACGCUCAAUUCCCACCUAGCUUUGACGUUCCUACGGAGAAAGCAUACACAGUUCUUGAAAGCAAGACUCACGCAGUUUUCCUACACGUCACAGUCAACAAUAUUGAAGGCUCUGAAUAUGGCGCGAUUAUCAAAAGUAACAGCAAUGGGACAUCUUAUGUAAUGAGCUUGGAAGGUGUCAAUAGAAACACAUUUGGCUACGUGGACUUUGACAAGCUCGACAUCCUCGAAGGUGUUAUGGUUGCGAAUACCGUCACGAACAUGGCGGAUGCAGAUGCUGGCAAGCCGAAAACGUUACAAACUGUCAUUACUCAUAAUGACGGUGCUCAAUGGGCCCCUAUCAAAGCUCCUGAGGCCGAUGUUGAUGGCAAAAGCUUUGAUUGUGAUGUGUCUAACACACCAAAAUGCUCCCUUCACCUCCAUAGCUAUACUGAAAGACAAGACAGGCGUGCUUUACUGUCCUCCGCGUCAGCAAUUGGACUGGUGAUCGGUGUAGGCAAUGUUGGGGACGAACUCAUCUCGAAAGCGGAUGGCGAUACUUUUUUGAGCCGUGACGGUGGAAUCUCAUGGCAAAACAUUAAGAAAGGCACUUACAAGUGGGCUUACGGUGACCAAGGUUCCAUCAUCGUCAUUGUGGAGGAUGAGCGACCCACGAAGAUCGUUUACUAUUCUCUGGACGAAGGCAACACCUGGAUAGAAUACCAAUUCGCUGAUAAGGAGUACUCUAUCGCAAGGCUUUCUACCGUGCCUUCAGAUACCUCUCGAAAUUUCAUAUUGUGGAGUGGUUCCGAAGGUAAAGGCGAAGCAACGAGCAUCAACUUGGAUUUCACUGGACUUACCGACAGGCUCUGUGAACUGGACGAAAAUAAUCCUGACGAAGGCGACUAUGACCUUUGGGAGCCAAGACACCCGCUGCAAGAAGACAACUGCCUCUUCGGCCAUGUAGCACAGUAUCACCGGAAGAAGAUCGGCUCCAACUGCUACAACGGUCCAGAAAUUGAGAAAUUGCAUUCGAUCGGCAAAAAUUGUUCCUGCACCCGCGAAGAUUUCGAAUGCGACUACAAUUUCCAAAUCCAAACCGACGGGUCCUGCCAACUCGUCGCCGGCCUCUCCCCACCCGACCACUCCCAACAAUGUAUCGACAAUCCCGACCUGAUUUCCUACUUCGCACCAACCGGCUACCGCCGUACACCCCUCGAUACCUGCUCCGGCGGCAGAGAACUCGAAUAUACCUCCCGCGAAUCUUCAUGUCCAGACCACCAGGAUGACUUCGAAAAGGAACAGCGCGCCAAGGGCCUCUCGGGCUUCUGGUUCUUCGUCCUGGUCUUCAUCCUGCCCAUCGCCAUCGCUUCUGGUGUCGGAUACUGGGUCUACAACAACUGGGACGGGAAAUUCGGGCGGAUUAGGCUCGGGGAGCCGGGGAGUGGACCGGGGGGCUCGUCGGGUGCGGUCUUUGAUUCGGAGAGGCCUUGGAUUAAGUAUCCGAUUGUCGCGGCUGCGGCGGUCGUGGCGGUUAUUAGUGCGCUGCCUUUGGUGUUGGAUGAGGACGAGCUGUUGGGGGAUGAUGAGGAGGAGGACGGGGGUGGGGUGUAG